UGAUUUAAUUCUAGGGUAUGAAGAAUUGUCCUGUUUGCAACAGAUGGAUCAGUUUAUCAAGAUUACAAAUGCAUAUCCAUCAUCAGCAUAAUCAGGGCAAGGUUUUUGAAUGUCAGUACUGUGGAAACAAGUCUAUUCGUCAUCAUGUUAUAGAAGAACAUAUAAGAAUUUAUCAUCCUGGUGAGAAGAUUCUUAUAAAUUUUAAUCCAAUAGAACAAUCUGAAUCUGCUGUUAGUCAGACUGAUAGAACAGUCGUGGAAACUACGCAAGAUGGUGAGCCACCGCCUUCUAGUCCUGCUGUGCCGGUCAAGCCGGUUUCAAAACCAGUUUUGCCGCGUAGAACUAUGUUACAGAAUUUAAAAGUGCAGAAAAACACAAACUUUUGUUUAAGUUCCCUUGAAGGAUUAACUAAAAACCUGUCAAGAUGUGAUAUUUGUAACCAAAUUUUCAGUACUGCUAUGCUGAAUAAGCACCUGAAGUCGAAGCAUAAUGAAAUCAGAAUAUCCAGUGCAAGGGUUGAUGAUGCAGAAGGAAGACAGAAAACAAAAGAAGAAAUUAACGAACAAAUUUGCAGAAAUAAAAUUAGUGGCGGAUUUAAGCUUUGUGGAAAAUGCGGCUCAAUGUAUAUAAAAUUAAGUAAACAUAAACUUUAUUGCAAAAUUUCAAAAUCAAAAAAUAAAUAAAAUUUGUAAUGAUAUGAUAA